AGUCGCAGUCAUUCCUCUCAACACUAGAAUCAUUUUCUCAAAUUUCUUAAUCUCGUCAGAAAUCCCGCACAGUUGUCUUGAAAAAUCUUCCUAAAUGGCUCUUUAUCAGCUCACUUCAAUGCCUUCAGUCACUUUCAAAAGAUUGCCACCUACAAGCCGAUUCGUAGACUUUGGUUCAUCCAGGAACUUCGCUGUUCCUAGUGGUAGAUUAGUUUUCCAAUGUAUGGCUGCCACCAGAACGUCUGAUGAAAAUAUUACUAGGCGAUCAGCCAAUUACCAACCGUCCAUCUGGCCCUUUGACUUUGUUCAAUCACUUGGGAGUAACUAUAGGAGAGAACCCUUUGCCAAACGAGUCGAAAAACUGAAGAAAGAAGUGAGGCUGAUGCUGCAUACCGCGGUGGAUUCUGUACAUCAAUUGGAGCUCAUUGAUGACUUGCAAAGACUUGGAGUAUCUUAUCACUUUGAGAAUGAAAUAAGGAGAAUUCUGAAUGCGAUAUACAACAAUAAUAUCGACAAUUAUAAGCAAAAGCAAGAAAGUUUAUAUGCCGUAGCUCUUGAAUUUAGACUCUUAAGACAACAUGGUUAUGAUGUACCUACAGAAAUUUUCAAUAAUUUCAGGGAUAAGAAGGGAAACUUCGUGAAAGAUUGCAAAGGAAUUUUAUCUUUGUACGAAGCUGCAUUUCUUUUGAAAGAUGAAGAGAAUGUGAUCUUCCACGAUGUUAGAGGUUUUACAACCUCAUAUCUUAAGGAAUAUGUGAGGGAUAACAAAGAUCAAUAUCUUGCCACACUAGUGAGCCAUGCAUUGGAGCUUCCACUGAAUUGGAGGAUGCUAAGAUUGGAGGCCAGGUGGUUCAUAGAUGUAUACGAGGCAAGACCUGACAUGAAAAAUAUCUUGCUUGAGCUUGCGAAACUGGAUUACAACAUGGUACAAGCAACACAUCAAGACGAUCUAAAAUAUUCAUCAAGGUGGUGGAAGAAUACGGGUCUUGGAGAGAAAUUAAGUUUUGCAAGGGACAGGUUGAUGGAGAAUUUCUUAUGGACUGUGGGGGUGAUAUUCAAACCUGAGUUUGGAUAUUGUAGGAGGAUGUCCACAAAGGUCAAUGCUUUAAUUACAACAAUUGAUGAUGUCUAUGACGUCUAUGGUACCUUGGAUGAACUUGAGCUCUUUACAGAUGUUGUUGAAAGAUGGGACAUCAAAGCAAUGGAGCAACUUCCACAAUACAUGAAGAUAUGUUUUCUUGCUCUUUAUAAUGCCAUAAACGAAAUGGGUUUUGACGCUCUCAAAGAACAAGGAGUUAACAUUAUUCCUUACCUAACGAAAGCGUGGGCAGAUAUAUGUAAAUGUUAUUUAUUGGAGGCAAAGUGGUACCAUAGUGAAUACAUCCCUUUCCUUGCAGAAUACAUUGACAAUGCAUGGAUUUCUAUAUCUGCUCCUGUAAUUCUAGUGCAUGCUUAUUUUUUCGUUACAAAUCCAAUAACAAAUGAGGCCUUAGAAUCCUUGGAAGAAUAUAGCAAUAUAAUUCGUUGGUCAGCAAUAAUAUUACGACUUGCAGACGACUUGGGAACAUCAUCCGACGAGUUGAAGAGAGGAGAUGUUGCAAAAUCUAUCCAAUGUUACAUGCAUGAAACUGGAGCAUCUGAAGAAGACGCUCGUGAACACAUACAAGAAAUGAUUACUGAAAUAUGGAUGAAGAUGAAUAGAGAACGGCUUGAAAAUCCUCACUUGUCGAACACUACUUUUAUUGAAAUUGCAAUGAAUCUCGCCCGGAUGGCUCAAUGCAUGUACCAACAUGGGGAUGGACAUGGUAUCCAAGAUCGCGAGACUAAAGAUCGCGUAUUAUCAUUACUUGUUAAUCCCAUCGCACAUAUGUAGGGAGAUGGUCACAAGUAGUGAUUAGAGUUUUUCUCUUUCUUUUUUUAAAUGAAUUGCCAAUAAUU